UGGAUAAUAUUAUUGAGAAAGAAAUUGUGAAAAUAUAUUAACAUUAAUUGAAGGAAUAUUUUAAUAUUCAAAUAUUAAACCAAGGAUUAUAAAAUUAUAUGAUAAACGUAUUGUAAUAAAAUAAGAAAGAUGUUGGAUAACGAAAGACUGUUGAAUGAUGUUGGUGUAUCCCCAUUUGAGUGUGGAUCAACUUCAAUGCCACCCAUACCUAAAGGAGGAUUAUUAGUUCGAGUUGCUUGUGCAGGUGCCUGCUUUGCAGAAGGCCAAGUUAAGAAGAGGGACAUCAGACCACAAUUGCCUGGUUUGGAAAUUGCUGGAUAUGUACAAGAUGUCUGUAGCUCACUGCCAAAUAAAAACUUCACACAGGGCGACAAAGUUAUCCUUUACCAUGAUGAAGGUGUUCUAAGCACAGGCUGUGCCGAAUAUUUAGCUGUUAGUGAUGUUUCAAAUUGCAUACAGAUUCCACCAUCAAUACCUCUUGAAGUAGCUGCACAGUUGUCUGGAAGUGCACUGACUGCAUAUUGUGCACUGAUCAAGGCCAAGUCACAUGUGGAGAAAUUAAGAGAAGUAAAAUCUUGUGUGAAUGUCAUGAUUAUUGGUGCUGGUGGAUUAGGUUUAUGGGCAGUCAGAAUAGCCCAGGCUUUAGUAGGCCCAACAGAUAAUGGGGUCCGAGUUUAUGUAGCUGAUCACAGCAUCGACAGACUCUUAGCGGCCCAAGAUCAUGGUUGUUAUGACAUUAUACAUUGGAAUGAAGAAGACCAUGAACAGUACAUCGUAGAGAGGACUUUAGAUGCUUGCAGAGGCGGAGUAGAUGUUAUAGUGGAUUUUGUCAGUUCCCCCAGAACAGUUCAAAGAGAUCUCAAAGUUCUGAAUAGGGAGGGUUUAAUACUUGUUGGUGGAAACACUUUGUCAGAAGUCAGCAUCAAUUUGAAUGUACUUGCUGCUAAACAACAAAGUAUAGCUGGCAUUCCUCAGGGAACAUUUGAGCAACUACAACAAAUCAUUGACAUGGUGGCUGACAAUAAGGUGGAGCCACCAAUGUAUCAUGUUUUCCCAGCUUGUGAUGCACAACAAGUAUAUCAAGAUUUAGCACAAUGUCGGAUCGUAGGACGCGCUAUUCUGAGUUAUAUGGACUCGACACAAACACUUGAUAACCAGCAUUAGAUCUGAAAAUUCCAAACAAUUUAUCUGUGAUUUAUUCUAUGAACGACUGACGCCCCCCCUCAGGGAUUCAGAAAACUCACAAACAAUCAGUAGUUUGUUGAACACGCCCCGUAGAGGCUUAAAGGAAGUUGAUACCACUAGGGCGUUGCUGUUGUAGGCAACCGUCAGUCUGGAAAAACAGAACUUAUUUCAAAUGGUGCUGUGAUAUUAAUUUAAAUAUUCAUGAACAUGCAAAUUAGUGUAUGACUUGAAUAUA